AGCUCGAAUAUCCAGAUCAUGCACGUGGGCGCGGGUCCAUUUCGAGGAAGAGGGCUUUUGAGGGAUUCUGUGAGAUCGGUUUGUGCAUUCACACAUGAUUUCUACUUUCUAACCCUAUCGAAGACGCAGCUCCAACUCUGAGCAGGCAAAAAUCAGAGCGAGACACAGAGACCUUUUGCGAGGGAAGCCCCCCAAAAAACAUGGCAGCAACCGGUGGUUCCGGCGCGUCGACGACCCAGUACGACGUGUUCUUGAGUUUCAGAGGGCCCGACACUCGCAACACCUUCACCGACUACCUCUACCGGACCAUGGUCGGCCAGGGGAUCGUCGCCUACAGAGACAGCGAAGAGCUUCACGCUGGUGAUCGGAUCGACGAUCUCCUGAGAGCGGUCGGCGAGUCCAAGAUCUGCAUACCAAUCCUCUCCAGAGGCUAUGCUUCGAGCGCUUGGUGCCUCCGCGAGCUCGCUCGAGUGACGGAGCUCCAUGAAUUGAUUGGGAAGCCGGAGAUCCUACCCAUCUUCUUUGAUGUCGCGCCCACCGACGUCAAGCUCAGGACGAAACUGUACCUGAAGGACUUAAAGAAGCAUGAGCAGAGGCACGGUGCCAAGAUGAGGCAACGGUGGGAGGCGGCUCUGGGAAAAGUGGCUGAGAUCAAGGGAUGGGAAGUCCAAGGGAAAGCACAAGGUGAAGUCAUUGAACUCAUUGUGAAAGAGGUUCUGCAUAAGCUAAAAGUAAAACAACGACCUCUGGACAACAAAUCGGUUGGGGUAGACAAACAAGUAGAAGCCAUAAUGGAUUUGUUAGAUGUUGACUCUGGCACGGGUGUGCGUUUCGUUGGAAUCUAUGGAAUGGGCGGGAUCGGUAAAACUACUCUUGCUAAGAAUGUUUUCAAUGAAUUAUGUCUUCACUUUGAUGGCCAAUGCAGCUUCAUUGGGAACAUCCGAGAAUCAUCAAAAGGAAAUGGCCUAGUGAAAUCUCUGCAGAAACAGUUGGCAUCUGACAUCUCUGAUUCUAGAUUUGUAGAAAAUUUUGGUAACACCGAUGAAGGGAUAGACAGCAUAACAAGGAGAGCUAGUUCUAAAAAAGUUCUCAUUGUUCUAGAUGAUCUAGACAAGAAAGAACUACUUAAGAAACUAGUGGGGGCCUAA